CUUCCCCAAAUCACACAGCUCGGUUGCAAGCACAAGGGGCAGCACGACCAUUCCUUCCUUCCUUCCAUCCACCAGCCUACUCUCUCGAUCCCUCCAUUUCAAACCAAAACCUCCAAUCAGCAUCACCCCACCCCACCCCACCCCGGAUCAAAUCCGCCACCGAGAAAUCCCGGAAUAAACUCGGCGAGAAGAGUCAGCGCAAAAACCCUAGCCAGCUGCCCAGCUCCCCAUGGCGGCCAACUCCAACCCCUCCCCGUCGGCCGGCGGCGACGUGCCGACCCCGGCGCUGCCGCCGGUGCGCCUCGCGGCGGGGCAGGCGGCGACGAUCCAGCCCUCCUCGCCGCGCUACUUCUUCUCCUCGCUGGCCGGCAAGGACGCCUCCUCCCACCACCGCCGCAUCGCCAUCGCCGUCGACCUCUCCGACGAGUCCGCCUUCGCCGUGCGCUGGGCCGUGCAGAACUACCUGCGCCCCGGCGACGCCGUCGUGCUCCUCCACGUGCGCCCCACCUCCGUCCUCUACGGCGCCGACUGGGGCUCCAUCCCCGUCUCCGUCGCCGACGACGACGCGGAGGACGCCGCCGCCGCCGAGGGCUCCGACUCCGCAUCCGCCUCCGCGGAGGAGCUGCAGAAGAAGCGGGAGGAGGACUUCGACGCCUUCACGUCCACCAAGUCGCAGGACCUGGCGCAGCCGCUGGUCGCCGCGCAGAUCCCCUUUAAGAUCCACGUCGUCAAGGACCACGACAUGAAGGAGCGCCUCUGCCUCGAGGCCGAGCGCCUUGGCCUGUCCGCCAUGAUCAUGGGAAGCCGCGGAUUUGGGGCCUCGCGCAAGGGCGGGAAGGGGAGGCUCGGGAGUGUUAGUGAUUACUGUGUGCAUCACUGCGUCUGCCCGGUUGUGGUUGUUCGCUACCCAGAUGACGCUGCAGGUAUCCCCGGGGAAGCAGCAGCAGCAGCAACAGACGAGCUGCACACUGUGCCGGAGGAUGAGCCCGUGUAUCAUGAUGCGCCUGAUGCACACAAAGAAAACUGAGGCAAUGGCAUCCAACUGGAGCGCAAGGGAACCAUGAGGCUUGUGUACCCAGGCGAUCCCUACGUAUCUGAGCGAAGCAACUCUAUCCAGCAUCCAUCCACCGCACAAGCACGCUCGUAUCAUGAACUGUCUUUGUCGGCAGGCUUUAGCGCCGGGCUCUCAGGUGCCGGGGGUCUUUGUUGGUUUGCGUCGUGUGAUGUUUUAUGUUGUCGACUGCAUAUGCGCUGUGUGCGUGAGCUGUAUUUUUAUGAACCCCUCUUGUUUUGUAAGGCCAGGCUUUCCCAUGUAUGUGUACCUGUUGUAUUCUUCCCUAGUUUUCUGCAUUGGAUACUUGGGUAAUGAACGCUGUCUAGUUUUCUGUAUGUACAUGUUUGUGUCCAAUAAAUGCAGUGUUGGCAUGUUUCUUUCUGA